AUGUCUUCAAGCUCAUUAGCUAAGUUACUCGCUGCUUCUCGCUGCCUUCGAGGUUGCUCGCUGCCUUCCAGCUUGUUAGGCUGCUUUCUCUCUGCCUUCAAGCUCAUUGAGCAGGUUGCUCGCUGCCUUCAAGCUCGUUUCCGCUGCCUUCAAUCUACGUUAGAUUGGUUUCUCAAUGCCUUCAAGCUCAUUUCUCUAAAGCUUGCUCCUUCUCGCUUCCUUCGAUUAGGUGGGUUUCUCUCUGCCUUCAAAAGCUCAUUAGGGCAGCGUUUCUCUGUUGCUCGCCUUCAAGCUCGUUGGCAGCUUUCUCUCUGCCUUCAAUCUCGUUCAGGCAGCUUUCUCUCUGCCUUCAAGCUCAUUGGUGGCUUCAAGCUCAUUAGGGUAGGUUGCUCGCUGCCUUCAAGCUCGCUCUCUGCCUUCAAGCUUUCUCUCUGCCUUCAAGCUUUUCUCAUUAGUGGGUUUCUCUCGCCUUCAAGCUCGUUAGGCACGUUGCUCGCUGCCUUCCUCGUUAGCUCGUUAGGCAGCUUUCUCUCUGCCUUCAUCAUUAGCUUCUCUCUGCCUUCAAGCUCAUUAGGUAGGUUGCUCGCUGCCUUCAAGCUCGUUAAACGCUCCUUCUCUGCCUUCAGUUUAGCUUUCUCUCUGCCUUCAAUCUCGUUAGGCAGCUUUCUCUCUGCCUUCAAGCUCGUUAGGCAGCUUUCUCUCUGCUCAUUAGGUGGGUUGCCUUCAAGCUCGUUAGGCAGCUUUCUCUCUGCCUUCAAUCUCGCAGCUUUCUCUCUGCCUUCAAGCUCAUUAGGUAGGUUGCUCUCGUUAGGCGCUUUCUUUUCCUUCAAGCUCAUUGGCUCGUUUAGGCAGCUUUCUCUCUUCAAGCUCAUUAGGCGGGUUUUCUUCAAUCUCGUUCUACUCGCUUCGCCUUCUCUCUUUCUCUCUGUCUUCAAGCUCAUUAGCUCGUUAGGCAGUUGCUCGUUAGGCAGCUUUCUCUCUGCCUUCAAGCUCAGCUCAUUAGGUAGGUUGCUCGCUGCCUUCCAGCUCGUUAGGCAGCUUUCUCUCUUUUUCAAGCUCAUUUGUUCAAUAGGUUGCUCCUCUCUUGGGCAGGUUGCUCGUUUUUCUCUCUGCCUUCAAGCUCAUUAUACUUUUCGCUGCCUUCCUGCCUUCCAGCUCGUUAGCUCUCUGUCAAGCUCGAUGGGUAUUCUCAGCUCCCUGCUUUUUCGUUGGGUGCUUUCUCUCUGCCUUCAAGCUCUCUCGUUAGGCAGCUUUCUCUCUGCCUUCAAGCUCAUUAGCUCAUUAGGUUGCUCGCUACCUUUCAACGUGAGGUCGAUCCUCGCUGCCUUCAAGAUCGUUAGGGCUUUCUCUCUGCUGCCUUCAGGUUGCUCGCUGCCUUCCAGCUCGUUAGGCAGCUUUUCUCUCUGCCUUCAAGCUUCCUCUCGUAUUUCUCGCUGCCUUCAAAUUAAGCAUUGGUUGCUCGCUGCCUUCCUAUUAGCUUCAAAACUUUCUCUCUGCCUUCAAGCUCAUUAUAGGUUGCUCGAAUCUCGGUUUCUUGGCCUUCAAAGCUCAUUAGGUAGGUUUCUGAACAGGCAGCUUUCUCUCUGCCUUCAAGCUCAUUGGGCAGGUUGCUCGCUGCCUUCCAAAGGCAGCUUUCUCUCUGCCUUCAAGCUCAUUAAGCAGCUUUCUCUCUGCCUUCAAGCUCAUUUGGUUUCGCUGCCUUCCAGCUCGUUAGGCAAAUAUAAAUGCAGCUUUCUCUCAAGCUUUGGGCAGGUUGCCGCUGCCUUCCAGCUCGUUAGGCAGCUUUCUCUCUGCCUUCAAUCAUUAGGCGGUGCUCGCUGCCUUCAAGCUUUCCGCUUUCUCUGCCUUCAAGCUCAUAACGUUGCUCGCCCUUCUUUUGCCUUUUGGGCUUUUGUUUCAAUAUUUGCUCGUUGCUCGCUGCCUUCCAGCUCGUUAAGCGGCUUUCUCUCUGCCUUCAAGAUUAAAGUUGCUCGCUGCCUUCAAAGGCAGCUUCAUUGGGCAUUCGAUUCGGUAAAAGCUCAAGGCUGGUUGCUCGCUGCCUUCUCUCCCCUUCAAUCUCUCGUUAAGGAAAAUAGUUCCGCUGCCUUCCAAUUUUCUCUCUGCCUUCACAUUAAGGGUUUGCUCCUUGCCUUCAGGUUGGUUUCCUUUACCUUCCAGCUCGUUACGCAGCUUUUCUCUCUGCCUUCAAAUUGGUGGGUUGCUCGCUGCCUUCCAUUUUUUCUCUGCCUUCAAGCUCAAAUAAUCUCGUUAGGACUUCGCUGCCUUCCAGCUCGUUACAUUUCUCUUGCCUUCAAGCUCAUUAGUUCUUUAUCUAUCUAUCUAUCUAUCUAUCUAUUCGUUUUUAUCUAUCCAUCUCGUUCUAUUCGUUUCUCUCUUUUUACCCAGUUCUGUUCGUUUCUAUCUAUCUAUCUAUCUAUCUAUCUAUCUAUCUAUCUAUCUAUCCCAUUCUGUUCAUAUCUAUCUAUCUAUCUAUCUAUCUAUCUAUGUGUGUGA